GGCCUACGUCACGACGCUGUGUUCUUUCGGACGCUUCCCGGGCUCGGGCGGGUCACGUGAGCCGCUUUUCGCGCGAAAACCGGUUGUUGCCGGAGUGGCGGCAGGGAGCGAGGCGCUACCAUGGCGGAAUCAUCUGAGUCCUACACUGUGGCAUCCAGCCCAGCCCGGCGGCUGCGAAACGAUCCUCUCACUUCCAGCCCUGGGCGAAGCUCCCGUCGCACCGAUGCCCUGACCUCCAGCCCUGGUCGUGAUCUUCCCCCUUUUGAGGAUGAGUCUGAGGGACUUCUAGGUACAGAAGGACCCCUGGAUGAAGAGGAAGAAGAUGGAGAGGAGCUUAUCGGAGAUGGCAUGGAGAGGGACUAUCGUGCCAUCCCGGAGCUGGAUGCCUACGAGGCCGAGGGACUGGCUCUGGACGAUGAGGACGUAGAGGAGCUGACGGCCAGUCAGAGGGAGGCAGCGGAGCGGGCCAUGAGGCAGCGUGACCGAGAGGCUGGCCGGGGCCUGGGCCGCAUGCGCCGUGGGCUCCUGUACGACAGCGACGAGGAAGACGAGGAGCGCCCCUCCCGGAAGCGCCGCCAGGUGGAGCGGGCCACGGAGGAGGGCGAGGAGGACGAGGACAUGAUUGAGAGCAUUGAGAACCUGGAGGACCUCAAGGGCCACUCUGUGCGUGAGUGGGUGAGCAUGGCAGGCCCACGCCUGGAGAUCCACCACCGCUUUAAGAACUUCCUGCGCACCCAUGUGGACGGCCAUGGCCACAACGUCUUCAAGGAGCGCAUCAGCGACAUGUGCAAAGAGAACCGCGAGAGCCUGGUGGUGAACUACGAGGACCUGGCGGCCCGGGAGCACGUCCUGGCCUACUUCCUGCCUGAGGCACCCGCAGAGCUGCUGCAGAUCUUUGAUGAGGCUGCCCUGGAGGUUGUGCUGGCCAUGUACCCCAAGUACGACCGCAUCGCCAGCCACAUCCAUGUGCGCAUCUCCCACCUGCCUCUGGUAGAGGAGCUGCGCUCGCUCAGGCAGCUGCACCUCAACCAGCUGAUCCGCACCAGCGGGGUGGUGACCAGCUGCACCGGUGUCCUGCCCCAGCUCAGCAUGGUCAAGUACAACUGCAACAAGUGUAACUUUGUGCUGGGGCCCUUCUGUCAGUCUCAGAACCAGGAGGUGAAGCCGGGCUCCUGCCCCGAGUGCCAGUCAGCUGGCCCCUUUGAAGUCAACAUGGAAGAGACCGUGUAUCAGAACUACCAGCGCAUUCGAAUUCAGGAGAGUCCCGGCAAAGUGGCGGCCGGCCGGCUGCCCCGCUCCAAGGACGCGAUCCUCCUCGCCGAUCUGGUGGACAGCUGCAAGCCAGGAGAUGAGAUAGAGCUGACUGGCAUCUACCACAACAACUACGAUGGCUCCCUCAACACGGCCAACGGCUUCCCCGUGUUUGCCACUGUCAUCUUAGCCAACCACGUGGCCAAGAAGGACAACAAGGUCGCCGUGGGGGAACUGACAGACGAAGAUGUGAAGAUGAUCACCAGCCUCUCCAAGGACCAGCAGAUCGGGGAGAAGAUCUUCGCCAGUAUUGCUCCUUCCAUCUAUGGACACGAAGACAUCAAGAGAGGCCUGGCGCUGGCUUUGUUUGGAGGGGAGCCUAAAAACCCAGGGGGUAAGCACAAGGUGCGAGGUGACAUCAACGUGCUCUUGUGUGGAGAUCCCGGCACAGCCAAGUCUCAGUUCCUCAAAUACGUCGAGAAAGUGUCUAGCCGUGCCAUCUUUACCACUGGCCAGGGGGCUUCAGCCGUGGGCCUCACAGCGUAUGUCCAGCGACACCCUGUCAGCAGGGAGUGGACCUUAGAGGCUGGAGCCCUGGUUCUGGCUGACCGAGGAGUGUGUCUCAUCGAUGAAUUUGACAAGAUGAAUGACCAGGACAGAACCAGCAUCCACGAGGCCAUGGAGCAGCAGAGCAUCUCCAUCUCCAAGGCCGGCAUCGUCACCUCCCUGCAGGCUCGCUGCACGAUCAUUGCCGCGGCCAACCCCAUAGGAGGCCGCUAUGACCCCUCGCUCACCUUCUCAGAAAACGUGGACCUCACGGAGCCCAUCAUUUCCCGCUUUGACAUCCUGUGUGUGGUGAGGGACACGGUGGACCCAGUCCAGGAUGAGAUGCUGGCCCGUUUUGUGGUUGGCAGCCAUAUCAGACACCACCCCAACAACAAGGAGGAGGAGCCGGGCAGCGGUGGCACCCAGGAGCCCGCCAUGCCCAACACGUACGGUGUGGAGCCCCUGCCGCAGGAGGUCCUGAAGAAGUACAUCAUCUAUGCCAAGGAGAGGGUCCACCCGAAGCUCAACCAGAUGGACCAGGACAAGGUGGCCCAGAUGUACAGCGAUCUGAGGAAAGAGUCCAUGGCGACAGGCAGCAUCCCCAUCACGGUGCGGCACAUCGAGUCCAUGAUCCGCAUGGCAGAGGCCCACGCGCGCAUCCACCUGCGCGACUACGUGAUAGAGGAUGACGUCAGCAUGGCCAUCCGCGUGAUGCUGGAGAGCUUCAUCGACACGCAGAAGUUCAGCGUCAUGCGCAGCAUGAGGAAGACUUUCGCGCGCUACCUCUCGUUCCGGCGAGACAACAACGAGCUCCUGCUGUUCAUACUGAAGCAGUUGGUGGCAGAGCAGGUGACAUACCAGCGCAACCGCUUUGGGGCCCAGCAGGACACGAUUGAAGUUCCCGAGAAGGACUUGGUGGACAAGGCUCGUCAGAUCAAUAUCCACAACCUGUCUGCUUUUUAUGACAGCGAGCUCUUUAGGAUGAACAGGUUCAGCCAUGACCUGAAACGGAAGAUGAUCCUUCAGCAGUUCUGAGGCCCGGGGCCAGUGCAGGAGGCUGUUGAGACACCAGCCAGGCAAGCAGACCGGUGCUGCCCUCACACUGCCAGGGGGCACAGAGCUGACCGCCGAGGGACUCGGAGUGCCGGCACUCGCUGCUGAACUAUCCAGCAUCACCCCCAGUCUCCUGGGCUCAGGCUGGGCUGGGGACGGGGGUGUUUGUUUCGUGGGCUCUACUUUCUGCUUUUCGCGCCGUUGUGGGUGGGCACGCUUCGCCAGUGUUCCUCUCUGAGCUGCUCGAUGGCCCACCGGCUCCCGGAGGUUUGUCUCCACUUCGUUCCGUGGAUCAUAGUCGCUCGUUUCCAGAGUACUGUGGUCUGUUUUAUGUGACUGAGAGUAUGAGGGUGUCACGAGGACUGUUGUUGCCUCUUGGUGUGAGUUCCUGUCCUGGGUGCUUCUGCCACUUGUGCCACAGAGCAUGUUGAAGGUAUUCCUAGUGUUUUUCUGAAACCAGUCCUGCAGGUUUCUCUGGGCUUCUGUGAGUAGAGAGGAUGUGUGGGCAGGAGGGCGCGCAACCUGGGGCCAGCACCUUUGGCCUCUGUAACGGCCACAGGGAUUGCUCUGGUCUAGCCGGGGCUGACCGUCAUCCUUGUCGUGUUAAUCUGUUUUCUCCUCUUAGGCAUUUCCCCGUCAUCUUGUACAUUCAGUUUUUGUUCUGUAGUUUUAACUUUUAAUAAAAUGAAAUAAAGUCUAAAUACUGGUA